GGGAGUUUUGGGAAGCCCUGUAUAUACUACAUAAGUUUUUCAUGUGUAACAUAACCUUAAAAUAUUUUGACACAUGAUUCUGAAUUUAUCUUUUUAAAGUUAUAUCAUUUAUUUAAACGAAUAAAAAUGUAUGAAUCCCUAAGAAAAAUCGUUGAAAAUAUAUUUAAUAAUUGGACCGCGUUACAAUUAGCAGUUGAGCAUCAUAUGGGCGGUUCAAACAGUAAAGAGUUAGCUUUAUCAGCAAUUGAAGACUUAACAAAGUACUGUAUUGAUUAUCAAGUGGAAAUAACAGAUAUAGAAGAUCAAUUAGAAGAUUUAAUGGAUCUACAAUUUAACACAACAUGCGAAGAUGGCUCGAUAAAGGAAAUAUCGAAUUUGCUAUACAGAUUUUUACAAUUGCUUCAAGAAAAUAACAUGGAACAAGUUGAGAUUGAGUACAAUAAAUUACCGAAAAAUGAUAAAUUGUGGUUAACUCAACCUGUGGCUCAAUCAGAAAGAAGAACACAUCAAGAAAAUGUUGAAGAAAUGACAGUUGAUGAAACUCCAGUUGAUUCUGAAUGGACUGAAGUUAAAUCGAGACGAAAAAAAUAAAACAUACCAAAAUGAAA